ACUUUGGCAAGAGAAGUCAAAGAUACCAUGUGGCCCAUUUUGGUGCUUACAUUUACCCUCACUGUUUAUGCAACAGAAUCUAAGAAUGACACUGCAAUGGUUGAGGAAACGCUUGUUAUAGCCAGAGGUAAACUGCUGGCUCCCAGCGUGGUUGGAUGAGGCAUAAAGAAAAUGCCCGAGCUUCAUCUUUUUCUCAUGGAGCGAUGGGCUCUGUACCACAACUUGGAGUAUGAUUCAUCAGAGGAGAAGAAUCCGCGUCUGAUAUUGUACAAUGACAAGGACGAGGUUGUAAAGACUGUUCCAGUGAAGAAAAUGAAGGCAGAUGAGAUCAGCAGCCUGUUAGACUCGCUGGGUUUCUACAAGAGGUCCCAGAAAGGGGAAGAGGUGCCUGAGGAGUUCCAACAUUUCCCCCUGCCAGCCCCACGGGAUGAGCUGUGAUGACAUCUUGUGGCCAAACUCUGCAGCUGCACCUGGUCUCAUUAAUGACGUGUGGGACCCCAAGGUUAAAAAAAAAAAACCAGGCUCCAUUCUGAAGACUUGCUGGCUCGGUGCUUCGUGUAGGGUAUAACAACCUGUGUCAUUCUCCUCUGGAAAUACAAUAAAAACAGCUGUAAAAACACCUCAA